CUAAAACAUAUGUUCAUGGAGUAAAUAUCCUCUCCAUAUGACCCUCAGAUGUUAUCAUAUACACAUGCACAUUGUCAGGAUUAUAUUCUGAUGAUUUCAUUUUCAAGGAACUUUGCUGUAUCUAAUUGGUACAAUAUGGGACCGUAUAACUUUUUCCUAGUCCUAUAAGAAGUCCCCCUCCUGCUCACGUUACCAUUCGCCCUUCAAAGCCAACUUCUUUUGCUUGACCCUCCAUUAAGAUCUAAUUCCAAAUAUUGUCCUUGUAAACUCAUAUACUUUUAAGCCAUGCAACCCACUGAUGUCACAGACUUCUAUUACCUACUUCCUUCCAACCCAACUCAGUUCCCAUCUCAAUCCUGUGCAAACUAUAACACAUCCACAUUUCAGAUAAAUAGGCUCUUGAACCCUUUGUAUCAUCUUCAGAUCAAUCCUCAAGUUCAAGAACUCAAUCCACAACUUACAUGUUUCAACAGUAACUCUACUUCAGACGAAGCUGAUGAGCAACAGUUGAGUCUAAUAAAUGAACGGAAACAGAGAAGAAUGAUAUCUAAUAGAGAGUCUGCACGGAGAUCACGUAUGCGCAAGCAGAGGCACCUAGAUGAGCUUUGGGCACAGGUUCUUUGGCUCCGAAAUGAGAAUCACCAGCUCCUGGACAAACUAAAUCAUGCUUCUGAGCGCCAUGAUCAAGUACUUCAAGAAAAUGCUCAACUCAAAAACGAAGCUUCAGAACUUCGCCAAAUGAUCACUGACAUGCAACUCAGUAGUCCUUGUCCUAGCUUAAGACCUCUUGAUGAUGAACCUUGCAGUGGUUUAUCUAAAAAUUAGUAACUAAUUCAGAAUACUAUGGAUGUUAUGCUGGUUGGGAUAAGGCUGUGGUUUUGAUUUCCUUGUCAUAUAUGUGUUGUUGGGAUGGUGGCCAGAAUUUGAGUUUUCCCUUUAUCUCUUUUGUUGACGAGAUGAAGGCUAUGAAUUUAGUUUUUACUGUAUCUCCUUUCUUCUUGUGCUGAUAUGCUAUUCAAUAAAAAAUUCCCUUC